AAACCGGAAAAAGAAGGAAAACAAGAUAAGAGACACCUAAUACACUCUAAACACAUGAUUUUAAACGCGAAGUCAGUGAAGCCGACCGUGUUGACUGACUGGAGUGACAGCCCCAUCUGUGUUUGACAGGAGGCACUCUUAACCUGGACUGACAGCAGAGCUGUUUGGCAGGCUGCUCUCUCUUUUUCAGAGCUUUGAAAUGUGGCUCAUUGCUGUCUCCGUCCCGCUGCUCCCUGCCAUUCUCAUGGUGUCCAGUCGUUUUCAUGUUAAAGUGUCCUCACUGUGCCAUCGAGCUCUGGCCUGGGCUCUCAGGCUGGUGCGAGGUAAAGUGUGUGUAAGGAGCACCCACUCGUUUGUGUUCUCCAACUGCACCCAUGGGAGAGCUGAGAGCGUUCUGGAGACGUUUGAACUUUACGCUGAGACACACCCUUCCCUCUGCAUCAGCCCACAGACUGUGAAAUCACUGGAGGAGGUGGUGAAGCGUGUCAGUCCCACCCUGGUGCUGGAGCUGGGGAUGCACUGUGGCUACACUUCUGUCCUCCUGCUGCGUUUGCUGCCCCCUGCUGGCAGACUGAUCACAGUGGAGGUGGACCCCCUGACAGCAGAGCUCGGGGAGGAGGUCAUACUUGUUGCUGGCUUCAAACACUCCCAGUUCCAGGUUUUGACUUCCAGCUCAGCUGAUGCCAUCCCAACAUUGCAUUCCUGUCUUGAGCCCAAUAAAGGAACCAGUAAGGGGCUGGAUCUGAUUCUGAUGGACCAUGAUCCCCAGCAGUACCUGUCAGACCUGCAGGCUCUAAAGGGAGAGAAGCUCCUCUGCCCCUCCGGCUGCUCCAUCCUUCUGAUCCACAGGAACCAGAGAGCUGAGGAGAUCAGAGAAAUCCUGGAUCACAUCAGGGCGCGAGGCGACUGCUACCACAUCAGAUCAGAGCUUCAUUUCAUGACAGAGUUGUUCUAUCGAGAGGAGAACGGAAGGAUAGAGUGGUGAAGAUGCGAGGUGGGAUUUCAGUUUGUGUCCACGUUUGAACAACCAAAAGUGUUAAAUAUUUUUUCACUUCAUUACUUGAGUGUCAUAGAAUCUGUGGAUAAAAUGUG